AUGCAAUCAGUAAAGCUAGAAAUGGACUCCAGCGAGUCCUACGCUAGGGAUGAUGCCCUGCUACUGGCUGUGGCCUUACAAGGGGCCAACAGGGACUUGAUAGGCAAUGUCUCUACUGUGCCAUUUGGAGCCAAAACUACCUGUCGUAGGAAAAGGGAGUUCAUCCCGGAGGAGAAGAAGGACACCGUUUAUUGGGAGCGACGUCGGAAAAACAACGAGGCGGCCAAACGCUCAAGGGAGAAGCGGCGUAUAAAUGACAUGGUGCUUGAGAACAAGUUGAUGGCCCUGGGGGAGGAAAAUGCUUCUCUCAGAGCUGAACUGUUGUCGCUUAAACUCAAAUUUGGCCUUUUGAGCUCUGCGGCAUACACCCAGGAAGUUGAGAAAUUGUCCCGCCACACGAGCAGCCAACUAUAUCAGCAAAUUGCCACAGCCAGUGCUGACCAAGGUUCCUCCAGCAAGGAAUCUGAGCCUCAUCAGAUGCGCGGUAGCUGCAUUUCAGUCAUCAAACAUUCACCGAAUAUAUCCAAGGUAUGUGCUCCAACUCAGGGUAGUUCAAGUAUGUGCAGAACCACUGAGGUCAAACGGGAACCGACGGAGAAUGGCAGCUUCCUGCAUGAAAGAAGUAGUCCAUAUGAACUUCUUAGGAACUACAUGGCCAGCUCUUUGUCAAGAGCCUACACGCAACCGGCUUCAUUCUUGCAGAUCACCCGGUCGUCCAGUAACUCUCCCAGAAGCUCAGAUGACGGUGCUGUGAGCAAGUCAUCUGACGGUGAAGAUGAACAGCAGGUCCCCAAAGGGUUGUUGUCAUCUGAGAGAAGUGUUAUCGUAUCCACACACAAAGUGCCCGAAGCCGGUUCUUCAGCUUUGCCUCAUAAACUCCGACUCAAAGCCAAGACCGUCCAAAUUAAAGUAGAAGCCAUCGAUCCUGAGUACGAAUCUUCGGGAAAGUUCUCGUCUCCAGAAAGCGGAUCUUCGGACGCUUCACAGUACUCUCAGUCCUUGCCGUGCCCGUUGUCAGAACAGGUCACCACAAUUCAGGACUGGACUCAGCGGUCUGAGCAGUGGGAUAAAAGCAACAAAAAAACACUCCGUGAUCGUGGCUUUAGCUGCGGGCAAAACCAUUGCUUGUCAGACACUCCAACUGUGGAUACAAAACAGGCAUCCUAUGAACACUCAGAUGGAGAGGACUGCAAAAGUGGACUUUCUGAAGAAGUCACCGAAAACGGCUGCAAUUGA